AUGAAGGCAAGACUGGACAAGGAAGUAGAAAAGAAGAAAGAAUACAAAAGAGAGGUUGAGCGCCUGGGAGAAUACAUCCAGCACUUGACUAAGCAACUUAACCAAGCCAAUCCAGAAGUUCUUCCACCUUUGAAUUCACAGGAAAUAGUCAGAAGUUUUGAGGAAGAAGUAGUGACGGCUAGGGAAACUAAAGAAUGGAUGGAAAGCACAAGUAAAGAGGCAGCCACAUUUGUGGAAAAUUUAGCAUUAACAUAUGGACAAACCACCUCUUUACUCUCCAAAAUUGCAAGCAUGGUAGAAGCAUGGGCUGAUCUCCAGGAUAUUCAAGACAGAAUUGUCCCAUGCCUUAGAGAAUUGAAAGGAGUUUCGAAGCAAGAAUUAAUUGAUGGAAAUAUAAUUCAAGCAGGAGCUACAUGUGACUUCAACAGUUGGCACUGGACAUUGGUUGCACGCAGUGAAGUCUUGAAGAAAGUGAGGGCAGAUGCUGAUAGAGCUGAAGAGCAGAUAAAAGAAAUUCAAGACAAGGUUUACGUUGUAGCUGCAAAGGUACUUGAAAAGGAAACUAUUCGAGAGAAGGAUAUGAAGUUAGAAAAUCUAAAGACCAAGACACAAGAGAUCUUCACUACUGGACCAGUCUGGAAGCAAAAUCUGGCUAAGGCAUCAAACCUCCUGUCCAUCAGAGAUGCUUUCCAAAAACAGGAAUUAGAUUGGGAAAUCACUUUUGUUGUAUGUGAAGAUGAUUUGGAAGGAUUAGAAUUCAAAGUCAGUGUGUUGCCACAUGUCACGAUGGAAGAGGUUGAUCAGAUUUUGUCCAAAAAUCCUUCUUACUGGGGAAGGGUUUGCUUCAUUUCCACCCCUGAUGGCGAGAAUUGUGGACUGGUAAAGAACCUGGCUGUGACAUGCCUUGUAAGCUUGCAUACAGCUCAAGGUCCUAUUUUUGAUAGCUUAUAUCAAUGUGGAAUUACACCUGUUGGUCAAUUAUCACCAUCAGAUUCAAAUGACACGGCAAAAGUUUUCAUCAAUGGAGAUUGGGCGGGAAUCUGUCAUGAUCCUGAUUCUCUUGUGAAGAAAUUGCGAGAUAUUCGUCGCAAGCUUCAUAUCCAUCCUCAUGUUGAAAUUAAAAAGGACGACAGGCAAAAUGAGGUCCGCAUUUUCUCUGAUGCAGGAAGGCUUUUGAGACCCCUAUUUAUUGUAAAAAAUAAAAGGCUGUGCAUAUCUAAACAACAGGUUGAAAAAUUUAAGAAAAGUAAAAACCCGUUCAAGUUUCUAAUAAAAAGGGGCAUUAUAGAAAUAUUAGGUGUUGAGGAAGAAGAAGAUGCCCAAAUAGCUUGUGGAAUUGACAUUUUACAGAUGGCUGAAAAGAAUCCAGACUAUCCACAGUUCACUCAUUGUGAGAUGGACCCAUCCUUUCUAUUAAGCCUUAAUGCUAGUAUCAUUCCCUUUGCUAACCAUAAUCUUGCAACUAGAACGCUUUACCAAUCAGAAAAACACUCAAGGCAAGCAAUAGGAUAUUAUGCAACAAAUUCUCGCGCAAGGUUUGAUACCAGUUGUCACCAAUUAUUUUAUCCUCAAAGACCUUUGUUUAAGACUAUGACUUAUGAGUGCAUCAAGAAGCCAGAGCUCUACAAUGGUCAAAGUCCUGUUGUUGCAGUCAACGUUCAUUAUGGAUACAACCAAGAAGACUCAUUGGUUAUAAACCAUGCUUCAAUAGAUCGUGGGCUAUUCCGAACAAUGCAUUUUCAUACAUUCACAUCGGAGGCAGGCCAUGAUAACAGUGGCUCUAAAAGUACAUCUAGGAUAGAAAUAGAUUUUGGAAAGCCAAACAUAGAAAAACUCAGAGUGGAUAAGCUUGAUGAGGAUGGACUCCCAUAUAUUUCUGCAGACCUUUGUAGUGGUGAUGUUUUAAUUGGGAAGGUAGAUCCACAGUCAUCUGAUUCAAAUGUCAGCCACAAAUUGAAGCAUACUGAAAAGGGGAAGGUCGAUCAAGUUGUAUUGGCAAUUAAUAAUGAUGGUAAAAAAUUUGCAAGAGUGAGGUUGAGAGAAGUAAGAUCUCCAGAACUUGGAGAUAAAUUUUCUAGCAUGCAUGGUCAGAAAGGAGUUCUUGGGUUUAUAGAAGAGCAAGAAAAUUUGCCUUUCACAAGAGAAGGAAUUUGCCCAGAUCUUAUCAUCAACCCACAUGCGUUUCCUUCUAGACAAACUCCAGGGCAGCUUUUUGAAUCCGCCCUUUCAAAAGUGAUUUCUACAAGUGGUAUUGUUUUAGAGGCUACACCUUUUAAACCUAUCACCAUUGAACAUAUCACUGAACAGCUUCACAGGUGCGGUUAUGAACAAUGGGGUAAAGAGCAGAUGUAUAAUGGGCGGACAGGAACUAAAAUGCGAUCUAAGAUUUUCAUUGGUCCCACCUACUAUCAGAGACUCAUACAUAUGGCAGAAGACAAGUUAAAAUAUCGGAAUCAAGGUCCUGUUCAUCCUUUAACUCGACAGCCAAUUGCCGAUAGAAAACGGCAUGGAGGUAUUAAAUUUGGGGAGAUGGAGCGUGAUUGUAUGCUAGCACACGGGGCAACUGCCAAUCUUUUGGAAAGGCUGUUUUAUUUAAGCGAUCCCUCUAGAAUGCAUAUCUGUAGUCAGUGUCAAAUGGUUGCCACAGUGAUUCUCCGGGAGGGUAUAAGAGGACCAUAUUGUCCACUCUGUAAAACUGCAAAACAUGUUGUCAAAGUGAAUGUUCCUUAUGCAUGCAAAUUGCUCUAUCAAGAAUUGUUCGGCAUGGGCAUAUGUCUAAGGUUUUCAACUGAACUGUGUUGACUCGGCACCGUGUUCAGUUUUGUUACUUGUACAAAGUAGACAGCAAACAUAUCAUGUUCAGCCAAAAUGCAUGAUACAUGACUCUUCUAAGAACAUUUUGUAAACUUUGAUACGCACUGUAAGAUUUGGCUUUCCCUUUUCAUCUUCGGGACCUAAUACUGAACAAUAUUUAUAUAUAGAAGUGGUAUUUCAAAUGAA